AAAAAGCCUGCUUUGGAAAUAAUUUAAUUAACUGGCACUCAAACAAAGCUCUUAAAUGAAUAUUGGAAAUUGAUGACCAUCUAAGAUAGAAUGGAAUCGAACCAUCUGAAACAAAGUUUAGCACAGUGUCCUGUGUUCAACUGCUGACGUCUUUUUUUUUUUUUUUAAAUGAUCUUUGUUGACUAAUCAAAUGAUAAACACUUCCCAAACGCUAUCAUCCAGAAAUCAAAGCCACAAUGAAUAUUGAUUUCUUCCUUCCUUACCUAAACAGUAACAUUGCAGGAGUCUUUGCCAUACUCCUUUCAUGUUUCCUGCUAAUUAGGUGGUCUAGAACAUCUUCGAAGGGCCAAAAACCACCAGAAGCUGCCGGUGGAUGGCCUUUAAUCGGUCAUCUCCAUCUAUUAGCAGGAUCCCAGCUUCCACACUUAGCACUGGGAACCCUAGCUGACAAGUAUGGACCGAUAUUCACUAUCCGAAUUGGCUUGCACCCAGCUGUGGUGGUCAGUAGUUCGGAGUUGGCCAAAGAAAUAUUUACGACCUAUGAUGUAGCUGUGUCCUCACGGCCCAAACUUACAGCAGGAAAUUACCUCGGCCAUAACUAUGCCAACUUUGGUUUCAGUCCUUAUGGUGCAUACUGGCGUGAAAUGCGCAAAAUAACAGCCUCGGAGCUUUUGUCAAACCGCAGGCUUGAGCUUUUGAAACAUGUUAGAGCCUCUGAAGUAGAAAGCUCAAUAAAAGAGCUGUACAAGCUUUGGACCGAGAAAAAAGAUGAGUCAAGCCAUGUUUUGGUUGAGAUGAAGAAAUGGUUUGGGGACUUAAAUCUGAACGUGAUUCUUAGGAUGAUUGCAGGGAAGAGGUUUUUUGGGGCUGUUGUGGCUAGCGAUGAGAAAGAGGCAAGGCGAUGCAGGAAAGCAAUGAGGGAAUUUUUCCGUUUGGCAGGAUUGUUUGUGUUAAGGGAUGCAAUUCCUUUUCUUGGGUGGCUGGAUUUGGGUGGACAUGAAAAAGCCAUGAAGAAAACUGGGAAGGAAUUGGAUAGUGUCCUGGAAGUAUGGUUAGAGGAACAUCGUAGGAAGAAAGAAUCUGUUGGCGAGGUAGCUAAGGGAGAGCAAGACUUUAUUGAUGUGAUGCUCUCUGUUCUCGAGGGUAUUGACCUUUCAGGAUAUGAUGUUAAUACUGUCACUAAAGCAACAGCCCUGACUUUGCUUGUAGGGGGCACUGAUACCACAACAGUCACAAUAACUUGGACACUUGCGCUAUUGCUCAACAACCGUCAUGCUUUGGGAAAGGCUCAGGAAGAAUUGGACAUCCAGAUUGGCAAAGGAAGACAAGUAAAUGAAUCAGACAUUGAUAAGCUAGUCUACCUCCGAGCAAUUGUAAAAGAAUCACUACGUUUAUAUCCAGCUGGACCACUCUCAGGAGCACGCGAAUUCUCUGAAGAUUGCACAAUAGGUGGCUACCUUGUGCCCAAAGGCAACCGGCUGAUACUCAACCUUUGGAAAAUUCAAACAGAUCCACAAUUAUGGUCCGAUCCCUUAGAGUUCAAGCCUGAGAGAUUUAUCACCAGCCACCUGGAUACUGAUGUUAAGGGUCAGCAUUUUGAGCUCAUACCAUUUGGUGCUGGUAGAAGAUUGUGCCCAGGGAUAAACUUUGGCUUGCAAAUGACACAUCUGGUUCUGGCCAGCUUGCUGCAUGCGUUCGACAUCUUGACUCCAUCAAAUGAACCUGUUGACAUGACUGGGAGUCCAGGACUAACAAACAUUAAAGCAACCCCACUUGAAAUUCUUGCCAAACCGCGCUUGUCUCCUAGUGUCUAUCAAUAAUCAUCUUGAAGUGUAAUCCACAGCUAUUGCUUUCUUUACUUUAGCUAAAGUUGAGUCUGAUAUUUUUCUUUGUGAUAUCAAUAUGUAUGGUUCCUGGCUGAACCCAGUGUUUAGGAUAAGAGGUGACAAAAGUUUGAGAUUCAAAUUUUAUUGUCUGUAUUUCUUUUUUAUUCUUAAACCUGACCUAUACUAUACUAGUAUUUGUUUCUGUGCUCUAUUCACAUCUACAAUUUCUAGAUAAUUUCUCGUUAAAUUCAGCCAUGCUUGCUUUUUCAUUCAUUUGCUCUUGGAACUCAAGGAUAAGAACACCAAGUCAAGUCCACACAAAGUUGAUUUAUAAUUUUCUGGUUUAUCUGUAUGAGUGUCAUUUGCUGACAUCCUAUUCUCUUUGCUUUAAAGCAGGCAUCUUUGUCAUAUAUGCUCUCUAUCACUCAAAACUAUAAU